AUGGGGAAUCCAUAUCACAGUGAAUCAGAUCAAAUAUGGCGCAUCUCAAGUCAAGAUUCUGAUGAUGGAGAGAUCGGGAACCCACCUAAACUGAGUAAUUUUGGUUCAGAACUUAUAUCUGAUGCAAUAGAGAAUAUCAAUCCCAACCGGUCAGAUAAGAAACUGAUAUCUGAAGAGACACGAAUACACGAGUCUCACAGUCAGCAACUGAAUACUGAUAUAAACCAGUCCACUAGAGUUACGCAUAGUGCAAGUAGCCCAUUAUACUUUGAGGACACGUCUCCAUCAACAAUGUUUGUGCAAUCUCAAGCUUCUGCGCAACCAAGUGCCACAACAUAUGAUAUCAGCUCGCAGGAUUAUUCGGAUUCAAGUAAGAGUUUUAUAAAACUCAAAUCAAAACAGGAUACUUUGAAGCAAGAACUUACUACCAGAUAUAGUGAAAGAAGGACAAGACGAUUUUUGCAUGCUACAAAUAGAACUACAAAACUGGGACCAGCUCUAAGGAACUUAACAUCGCCAGCCUUGGCUAUAAAUGAUAAUAAUUCAAUAGAUAACAAGAUGAAUGAAACUAGCAAAGUGAACUCUAGCUUUGAUACCAACAAUGCAUAUGUGGAUUUUCAUCAGACUAAACAAGACAUAUAUACAUCUGGAGAAGAGCACAAUAAUACGAAGGAUAAUGGAAAAAUAGGAGCAACACAACAGAAUGAUUACUCCGACAUAAAUAUUCAUGAAUGCAAUCCCAUUCAAUAUAUGAAGAUGCAUAACUUGCCCACUAGUGAACUUUCUAAAAUUUCAAAGGCAUAUUUUGAAAAGCAGAAAGAGGAAAACAGAAAAAAAGCCUUAAAAAAUGUGAAUAUGAAGCAAUCUUUAAAUUACGACCUGAAACACUACUCUAACUCUUUUCCUAGCAUCGAAUCCGGCAAGGAGAAUAACCUAAUUCAUAACACUGAGAUUGAGGAUUUUAAUGGAAGAGGACAUUCAACAAACAACCAUAGCAGCUCAUAUUUAAGUAACUCACACUCACAUCCAGUAUCGACUCAAUUUGUCGAAUCAGCAAAUAUAGAACUCGAGAAACCUACACUUAAAAAGAGUUUAAGCAAUGCUGAUUCAUAUAGACAUACACAGAGAGAAGCUUUACAAAAUAUAGAUGUUAACUCAAAUGUAAGGGAUGGUGCUAUUGACUAUAAAAGACAAAAAAUAGCAUUAAAAGAUAGCGAAUUCGAUGGGAUAUUGGACAAGAAAAAAUAUCGAGGUAUAAAAAGAGUUGAAAUUGUCGAACCACCAACUUCUACACGUCCCCCUAGCCGCAAAAAUGUGGUCAGUGUAAAUGGUACCGAAUAUGAACGUGUCGAACUUUUAGGACGGGGUGGUUCAUCUAACGUAUAUAAGGUACGAGGUCUCAAGAAUAGGGUUUACGCUUUGAAAAAGGUAUCCUUUGAUGAAUUUGAUGAAUCCAGUGUAGAAGGUUUUAAAGGUGAGAUCAGCUUAUUGAAACAAUUACAGAACCAGAAUAGAGUUGUUCAAUUAUAUGAUUUCGAGAUGGGUUCCGGUGUUUUAUAUCUCUUGAUGGAGUGUGGUGAUUAUGACCUCUCUCAAGUGCUCCAUCAAAGGGCCAAUCAACCAUUUGACAUGGAGUUUAUAAGAUAUCAUGCAAGAGAAAUGGUCACUUGUGUAAAAGUAGUGCACGAUGCAGGCAUUGUGCAUUCGGAUCUAAAACCGGCAAAUUUUGUUUUUGUUAAGGGUAUAUUAAAAAUUAUUGAUUUUGGUAUUGCCAACGCUGUUCCAGACCACACUGUUAACAUUUACAGAGAUAUGCAAAUUGGUACACCAAACUAUAUGGCACCAGAGGCGCUUGUUGCUAACAACUAUACUGCAGACAAUGACGGCAAAUAUGAUCAAAAGACAAAUAAAUGGAAAAUUGGUAAACCUGCAGAUAUUUGGUCGUGCGGAUGUAUUAUAUAUCAAAUGAUCUAUGGUAAACCACCAUACGCCAAAUAUCAGGGACAGGAGAGACUACUCUCCAUAAUGGAUCCAAAUGUCAAAAUUGAAUAUAAAGAAGUUCUCCCCGAUAAAACUGUAAUCCCGAGCUUGGCUUUAGAGCUGAUGCAAUACUGCCUAAUGAGAAACCCUGAAGAAAGAUGGUCUGCAUUGCAGAUUCUCGACUCACCAUUUUUAAACCCAUUGAUGGUAUCGCAAGAUUUCAUCAAGAAUUUGAUAACUACUGCAGUAUCUUAUGGUGCUAGAGAAGGUGAUGUCUCUCCAUCAAGGUUAGAGGCGCUUACUGAUAGCGUUCUCGCAAGACUAGCUGAUUUUAGAAUGCAUUGA